AUGCCGUCGCUCGGGUUCCUCAAGAAGAAGCGUACCAAGGACUCGCAAGGGUCCAACGAGGUCGCUUCGCCCACCUCCCCCACCGUCGACAGCAAUAGCAGCAAGAUUGGCUCUCCCAUCUCUCAGACGCUCUCCAAGAACAGCGGCUUCUUUCCGGACAGCCAGCGCCCGUCAGGCGAUACCAACCAGCAGCAGUAUCAUCAGCAGCCUCAGCAAGCGCAAGCCCAGCCGCAACAAGUGGCACAACAACCUCAGCAGCAACAGCAACAGCCGCAGCAGCAACCGCCAAUUACGACCUCCGCUACCACGCCAUCUGCCUCAAGCAGACAGGACGAGGCCAUGCAAGGCCAGAAUUACCAAACCGUGCAGCCGACUCAAAGCCACGCUCCCCAACAAACCCCACAACAAGGCUACAACGGCUCGCAGCACGACUCCGCCUACGCCGGCAACGACAGCAAUGGCAAUGGCAGUGUUCCAACACUCAACAUCCCACCCAGCAAGCCCAAUGUCAACCCACUACGCGAGACCAAAGGCAAAUACACCCUGACCGACUUUACCAUUUCAAGAACACUUGGCACGGGGUCAUUCGGACGUGUACACCUCGUGCAGAGCAAGCACAACCAGCGCUUCUACGCUGUUAAGGUCUUGAAGAAGGCCCAGGUCUACAAAAUGAAGCAAGUGGAGCACACAAAUGAUGAGCGCAAGAUGUUGCAAAGGUGUAGAAACCCAUUUCUUAUCACGCUCUGGGGAACGUGGCAGGAUUCCAAGAACUUGUACAUGGUCAUGGACUUUAUUGAAGGCGGUGAGCUGUUCAGCUUGUUGCGAAAGUCACAGCGCUUCCCGAAUCCCGUGGCCAAGUUCUAUGCAGCUGAAGUUACCCUCGCCCUCGACUACCUGCACAGCAUGAACAUCAUCUACCGCGAUUUGAAGCCUGAAAACUUACUCCUUGAUCGCCACGGACACAUUAAAAUCACCGAUUUUGGGUUCGCCAAGGAAGUUCCCGACAUCACAUGGACAUUGUGUGGAACGCCGGACUAUCUAGCGCCUGAAGUUGUUAGCAGUAAGGGAUACAACAAGAGCGUUGAUUGGUGGAGUCUUGGAAUCUUGAUCUUUGAAAUGUUGGCCGGGUUCACGCCAUUCUGGGACUCCGGUUCCCCCCUCAAGAUCUAUGAGAACAUUUUAAAAGGCCGGGUCAAGUAUCCACCAUACAUCCACCCGGAUGCACAAGAUCUCCUCUCGAAACUCAUCACAGCCGAUUUGACCAAGCGAUUGGGAAACUUGCAUGGUGGGAGUGGGGAUGUGAUGCAACACGCGUGGUUCGCAGAGGUGACAUGGGAUCGAUUGCAGAAGAAGGACAUCGAUGCGCCAUAUGUGCCGCCUGUCAGGGGUGGAGCGGGAGAUGCAAGUCUGUUUGACAAGUAUCCCGAGGAGACGGAGGCGUAUGGGGCUACGGGAGACGAUCCGCAUCGACUUCUCUUCCCCGAUUUCUAG